UUGAUAGUCGCUGAUGCAUGCGCUGUUCUCGCACAGCUCAGCAGGUAGUUAUAAAACCAUGUCACUCCACUGAGGGGAGAAUAUAAGACGCGAAUUUGUUUUUGAUUUGGGGCAGGAGAUAACCCUGUGUCGCUUGACAGAUUAGAACAAUGGACGGCUAUCCCAUAUGUCUUUGCAGAAUGUUCGCUGUAGGACGUCACGUCCCUGUUGUUGUCCUAAUCACCUCCCGGGCUUGAAGAUGCAUCAGCAGCUGCUUAGCCCCAUGCGGGCGUGCAAAGAGGACAGUAUGACACUUUAACAGAAGAUUCUAGGGAGAGACAAGCAAGUCUCUGGUGCGUUGCCUCCCCGCUCCCCGGCCCGUGUGAGGUGGCCAUGCAGUCCCACCGGCUGCGUGAGAUGGAUCAGCAGCAGCAGAGGCCCCUGCUGCAGGGGGAGGCGGGCGUGGGGGGGGGCCCGGCGGGCCUCUCCUCCGACUCCACGCAGCUGUGGUUCAUCCAGGACGGCUGCGGCAUGGUGUGUGCCUUCAUCACGUGGUUCCUGGUGCUCUACGCCGACUUCGUGGUCACCUUCGUCAUGCUGCUGCCGGCCAAGAGCAUGUGGUACGCCGUGCUCAACGGCGUCCUGUUCAACGGGCUGGCCGUGCUGGCGCUCGCCUCGCACCUGCGGACCAUGCUCACCGACCCGGGUGCGGUUCCCAAGGGCAACGCCACCAAGGAGUACAUGGACAGCCUGCAGCUCAAACCCGGCGAGGUCAUCUACAAGUGCCCCAAGUGCUGCAGCAUCAAGCCAGAGAGAGCACACCACUGCAGCAUCUGUAAGCGAUGCAUCCGCAAGAUGGACCACCACUGCCCCUGGGUCAACAACUGUGUGGGGGAGAACAACCAGCGCUUCUUCGUGCUCUUCACUAUGUAUAUAGCCAUGAUCUCUGCCCAUGCUCUUGCGCUCAGUGGGUUCCAGUUCAUCACGUGUGUGCGAGUUCAGUGGAAUGAGUGCAGUGACUUCUCCCCUCCUGUGACGGUCAUGCUCAUGAUCUUCCUAUGCCUGGAGGCACUCCUCUUCCUCACCUUCACUGCCGUCAUGUUCGGCACUCAGAUCCACUCCAUCUGCAACGACGAGACCGAGAUCGAGCGUCUGAAGAGCGAGCGGCCCACGUGGGAGCGACGGACCCGCUGGGAGGGGAUGCGGCUGGUGUUCGGCGGGCAGCCCUCGCUCGUCUGGGUCAACCCCUUCGCCGGCCUGCGCCUACGCCACCUGCUCGCCCGGCGCUCGCGCAAGAGCGGCCCCGAGUUCUCCGUCUAAACACACUCACACACACACACACACACACACACACACACACACACACUAGUUUCUACAUAUACUUACACACACACGCCACACUCUGCACUACAUUAUACACACACACACACACACACACGCACGUACUGUGCACGCACACACACACGACAUGUGGACUCAGGUGCGCGCUUCUGUGAGUUGUCCAUUCCAGGUGUUGUAGAAUUCUGGUCAUCACGAGGACACACUCCAAAAAUUAUCCUAAAAGAGCACUGACUGGCACAUACGUGUAAACAGAGACACACAGAUGUGUGUGUGUGUGUGUGUGUGUGUGGUCACACAGAGAGCUCUCUUUCUCUCAGCUCUGCAACGUCACUGGUCCACUCCCACGUCAUGAAGCUGAGCUUGUGAAGAGACACAAUCAAGCAAGAGACACUAUGAUAUGGUAUACACUACAUGGCUGCACCAAGAAGUAUGUACACACACACACACACAAACACACACACACUAACACUCCUGUGUAAGGGAGCUUACUUGGUGCUGUGUAGGACUCCAAGACUGACUGGCUCCUUAGCGAGUUCAGCCCGCCCUCCUAUGGAACUGCUUUGCCACCCAUUGGCUCUUAAAAGGGAAUAUGAAGCUGCAAUCAAACAGAAGACCUUUGUUGUCGUCCAUGUUUAUUUUAAAUUGUUUUCUACUCUUCAUUUGUAUGUAUAUGUGUUUUGUUUUUUUAAGCGUUGUCAAGUCAUCUCUUGUUUGUUUAAAGUGCAUCUCUCCUCAAUCGUUCAGGUGGUCCAAAGUCAACGAUACAGCUGGGAAGGUUUAUGCACUGAAUGUCAUAGGUGAGCCAAGUCAGGCUGUGUGUCGUGUGUCUGUCUGGACACACCUGGUGGGCUUUGGACAGUGAUGUUGCUGUGAGUACUCAGGAGAAUGGAGGAAGAGUGGUGAGGAAGAGUCAGGGAUGGUGCUGCAGAAUCGCUCUGAGGGGGAUGAAAUGCACUGACAAAGAA